AUGGGACGGCGAUUUGUGUUGCUGGUGGCGGUGUUGUUGGUGGCGGUUGGGUUGGCUGUGGCGGAUUACGGCUGCGAUUUUGCGCAGUGGUAUCCACGCCAGUAUGUGGCCUACAAGGCGAGCACCGGGCCCACCAUGGAUGGUCGGUUGGAUGAGCCCUUUUGGCAGGCCGUCCCCUGGACCGAGUCCUUUGUUGACAUUUCUGGUGCCACCGUCAAUCAACCACGCUUCGAUACUCGCGCCAAGCUGCGCUGGACAGAGGACACCCUUUACGUCGCUGCCCAGCUGGAGGAGCCACAGAUCUGGGCUACCCUGACAGAGCACGACUCCAUUAUUUAUCACGACAACGACUUUGAGAUCUUUUUGGACCCGGACCGUAGCAGCCAUUACUACAAGGAAUACGAGAUGAAUGCCUUGAACACGUCCUGGUCUCUUUGCCUCAACAAACCCUAUCUCAAUGGUGGCUACGAAAACAGCUCACGUGUUUUUGGCAGCAAGGGCUGGGAUGAUCAAGGUCUGCGCUCAGCCGUCUACAUCAACGGCUCCCUCAAUGACCCGGCAGCAGCGAAUCACUACUGGAGCGUCGAAGUGGCCUUUCCUUUGAAGCACAUUGUGUACAACACCACCUUUGCCCUACCCAUCCGCGAUGGCGAUCUAUGGCACUUUGAUCUCAGCCGCGUUGAGUGGCGCGUGGAGGUUGUCAACAACACCUACCAGAAAUUACCCAACCAAAACGAGUAUAACUGGGUCUAUGCGCCCACGUAUGUGGUCGACAUCCACCUGCCUGAGCUCUGGGCCAAUCUGCAGUUUAGCACGGCCAACCCCAACGGCACUGCGCCCGCCACGGUCGAUCCCGACGCUUCAAUCAAGGUCGAUCUGCCCAAAGCUGGCGGUUUCCUGGUGUCCGUGGAGGAUCACAAAACCAAGCGCAUUGCGACUGUUCGAGAUGAUCGCCUUCUCUUGGUCAAGUAA